ACAAUUUUCUUCCCAAUAGUCUCUCCUCUCUUUCCUCUUCUAAGAGCCACUCCUGUUCGUAGGGUCGGCUUGUCGAGAAUAUCUGCCUCGCCAAUGCCCAAUGCCCCUGCGUCCUGGUUUUUCUGAUUAGGGUUUUGGUGAGAGAAACAGAGAGAGGCAGAGGAUAUGGUGAAACGUCGAAAAAUUCCCGAUUUCUCGGAGAGUUGUCCCCAGUUCUUCAAAGUCUAUUUACCCAAUCAGUCCGCUCACCGACUGCAAAUCCCGCCAAGUUUUGUGAAGUAUAUCAAUGGAGUUUUCCCAUUCGAAUCUACAAUCACUAGUCCGGAAAAAAGAUCAUGGCAUGUAGAACUGAAAGAGGUCGAUGGACAUGUGUAUUUCCAAGAAGGUUGGCAGCAAUUUGUGCAUGUUAAUUCCUUAGAAUUCGGAGACUUUCUGGUAUUCUACUAUGGUGGCAAUGCAGAAUUUUAUGUCAACAUAUACGGGAAAAAUGGUUGUCGGAAGGAGGUUAGCGUACCCAGUAGGGAGAUUGACAGAGAAAUUACACAUCCCCGAGACAAUCAAACAGUCGAACGAAGGAAGUCUAAACGACUGGCGCAAAGAUCCAAUGAUGAGGAAAUUGCUAAGAAAAAACUGUGUCUGAGAUUUUCAAUGGCGACUCAAGAGGGCAACAGAGCUCGUAAAGAAGCCAGCAAAGUUGUGUCCAAAUUUCCAUUCUUCGAAGUGGUUAUGAACCCUAGUUACGUCGAUAGAGGAUAUAUGAAUAUACCAUCAAGCUUCCACAGGUACAUGGAAAAGGAUAGACAUGGUGUAACACUUGUUGCUUCAAAUCGAUCUUGGCCAGUGAAAUUGAUCAAAUAUGGCCUACACAUAUGGAGGUUCAUUUGUGGUUGGACCACAUUUUGCAGGGAAAACAAACUUAAAGUAGGCGAUGUUUGUGUUUUUGAACUAAUUGGGAAAAAUGAUUUUGUACUGAAAGUUUCUGUUUUCAGAUGUCCCAAUUGAGCGAUUCUUUGUGGUUGCGAUGUUGAACUAUUUAUGAGAGCAAAAAUCGCAAGCAGUAAUCAAAAUCGCAAGUAGUAAUUACUCAUUGGCUCCAUACCCUUUGUGGAUGUAGGACAAUUUCUUGGGGGUUUUAAAUUAUAGAAACUUAAUUUAUUUUAGUU